AUGGAAUUUGAGGAAGCCAAUUCAAAGAAACAAAUAGAUGAUGAAUGCUUAAUAAACUGUCUCACUGGAGACCUCGUGGAGCGGAUAUUUUUUAGGCUUCCAGUUAGCACUUUAUUGAGGUGUGUUGGUGUUUGCAAACAAUGGAAAAAAAUGAUCCGUGAUCCCAAGUUUGCCACAUUACACCUUCAGCAUGCAUCCCGUUAUGCCAUAUUAUUCUUCCAACAAGAGUCUAUUGCAAGAAAAUGCUACCCUAGUGAUGCCAUACUUGUUGAUGAAGCAUGGUCACAAUCAACAUAUGCAGUGCCAGUGAUUGGCCCUAAUGAUCUCCUCUGUGGAUCAUGCAAUGGGCUUAUAUGCUUAUACACAAACACAUCAACCAUCAAGAUAGCAAACCUUGCAACGGGUGAAAGCAUGCGUAUUGAGAAACCAUUGAGGAAUUUGAAGGGUGAUCAUUUCUCAUUCUACACCUUUGGAUUCCACCCAUUGAAAAAAGAAUACAAGAUCACACACUUCCUAAGUGAUAAUAUAGAUGGCCCUUUCAAGAAUAAAGAUAGAUUCAAUGUUAUUCAGGUAUAUACGCUUGGUGAUGAGAAAUGGAAAGAUAUCAAAACUCCAGAAGCCUUAAGCUUGAACUGUGUGAGAAAUGCUGGAGCAAUAAAUAUUGAUGGAAUAGUGUAUUGGAUAAUUGAAGAUAUAGCAGCUAGGCGGUAUGCUAUUAUGUCCUUCGAUCUCAGUGAAGAAAGGUUUGUGCGGAUACAAUUACCAACACCAUUGCCUGAACAUUAUGCAUAUGGUUCUUGGAAAUUCUUCAUACGAGAGAUAGACGGGAAGAUAUGUAUAGCAAUUGCUCAAACAUUUCAUUAUGCACUUGAAGGGAUUUUUGGUAAGGUGCAGAUUUGGACACUUGAAAACAAACUGGAGCAAAAGUGGAGCCAGAAGUACAAUGUUGACACAUCAAAUUACCUUCCUGGUCCAAGUUUACUUCAUGGGGGUAAGUUAUUGACGCAAAGUUGUGACAAUAAACUAUUUACAUAUAAGUUGCUAUGGAAUGGGGUGAACUUUGAGACUGAAUUGAACGAGGCAAUGAAAUUGUUAGAUUUCGGCCCCCGAAAGCCAGAAAACUUGCAAUCUUACAUAUUUGUGGAGUCACUUGUACGUUUAGAUAUAUACAAGAAAUAUGGCAGUGUACGUAGGAAAAAUAAAAGUGGAGGAUGGGAAUUAAAGAAGUGGAAGACAUGGGAGAACAACCUCUCCGAGAGGGAAGAAAUGUGGAUCCGCAUUCAUCGAAAGGAGCAUGAAAGAGUUGUAUGUUGA